UGCACUUGCCGAGUGCAUUUGCGGUAAGGUGUAAAGUGUUGCAAACGUCGUUGGAAGUCGAAACAUGACUUGGUGCAGUUUGGGAUCGCGUAAUUGCUCCUGUCCAGUUCUCCCGUUUGCGGACGAGGGACGUGCGUGACGUGCGACGACGACAUCGAUGCGAGAACGAGGGUGUCCUUGCGGAUCAGCUAUCGCGGACGACGAUGUCGGGUAGUAGCGAUUCUGAUGAGUUCUUCGACGCGGAGGAUGAUUCGUUCCAUCGUGCGUCACGAAAAGGUAAAUCACGCGAAUCUCCAAACACAGAACUGCAAAAUGAAAAAUCACCUGAAGUUUGUAAGCAGCCAGAUGAUCAUGUUUUCUUAAAACCUGCUGAACCUAAAUCAGUUAUAGAAUCAAAAGGAUCUAUAGACUAUAGACAGAAAGAAGAUGAUAGCAGAGAAUCAACUACAGAUAAAAUUGUCGGAAGGAAAAAGUUUCGUGAACUACGGCAACGUAUGCAAACGGAAGAUGAUGACAUUCCGAUUAAUAGUUCCCCUCCGGAUAGUCAGACCUCUUCCAUCGAGGGUGUUUAUCCCACCCCUUCAAAAACAACCCAUCCAUUCAGAAUUAUAGAGCAUGACACUCUUAGUUUACAAAGUAUGACCUCUUUAGGACGAGUGGGCCGAAUUUUGGCAGGAGUCACAGACAACGCCUCUGGCAUACUUGUACCUGGUAUAUCCCAGUGUCCUCCUUCUGCCGCCCUUACUCGUGAGGGUCAGAUGUCCUCCAUUGCUAGUAUACCAAGCAAAGAUGAGGACACAACCUCUGGUAAGGUGUCCCAGUCUUCCAGUAUCCUUACGUUAUCAGGGGAUGUCUUGCAAGACUCCUCUGUUAACAAUAGAUCCAAUUAUGUGUCUCGCUCACAAAGUGACAAGAUUGUUAUGCUUCAAGAACCUGAUGUCAUCGCUAGUACAAAGAAUAAUGGAAAACUAGCGGAAGAUGCGUCUGGUGUACCGGUAGCUCCUCCGCGUCGUAAAAAGAAAACGAAGGCUCACACACCUGGCGACCUCGCUCCUUCCGCAGAGGCACUUGUACCUGCAUCGCCACUUCCGAGUCCAGCAAGUACCAUAGAAUCGAUCACAAGAGAAUUUGAACACUCUCUUGACAUCCGAUCCGCGAUAAAAGGACAAUAUGUUGUCAAACCACAAGAUGAGGACAAAUUGAAAGCCGAAGGGCCAUCGACUGAGGAACUGGAGCGAGUAGAAAGAAUGAAAGCAGAAUUGCUUGGUCGUUCUAGUGAAAAAUCAAACAGUCCAUUAGGAUCAGGCUCUAGCAAUAGUAUCGGCCGUUAUUCUUUAGGUCCACAUAAGAUAUCGGGCAUGAGUCCACUAGGUUCCAAAGAAAGACGCAAAUCCGCUGGCGAUCAAGAUAUGAUACAGCAAUUAAAUUUGUUCGUACGAACUAGAACGGAUUCCGGCAAGCGUCUUACUGAUAUGGAAAUCUUGGAACAAGUGCCUGUAACAAACUUAGAUACAGGAGAACAGGUGCCAUUAAGUAUAGCGGAAGAUAAAUUACCACAGUGUAUUAAUCCUUUGUCACUGCACAUUAUGAGGCUUACUAAAGCUAAAUACAUAAGUAAUUCUAGUCUUGAGAAAGAAAAGGAAAGCGAUGAAGAAAGUGUGGACAGUAAGAUGUCCAGUAUACCUCCGGAUGAAGAUGCAUCUGUAGAUAGAGUUCGCAAGAAAACGCAAAAGCUGAAGCGAUUCCUAGGAUCCACCGUGAAAAAGACAAUGGACAAGGCUAAAUCCAUUGCACAAGAGGUGUCGCAUGCAAGACACAAGGAAGACGUCAUGGAUAUAGUAGACGAAGUUUAUCCCGGUGAACAACAAUACAUAAAACUGAAAGCAUCAAAUAGCCACAAAGGUCCAUACGAGUUCAGUUGUCUGCAGCAUGUUCAAGAUCUGAGUGGAGAACACGUAGGUCCUGUCUGGUGCAUGAAAUUUUCCGCUUGCGGCCGACUGUUAGCCACCGCGGGACAAGAUCGAGUCUUGAGGAUUUGGGUUUUGCGAGAUGCUUUCACGUAUUUUCAAGACAUGCGAACGAAAUACAAUGCGGAAAAAGUUAGUCCUACUCCCUCCCAAGAGUCGUUGGUUUCGCAGCAGUCCAUGGAAGAUCCUAACGUUGUGGCUAGUGCCUUCAGCGAGAUAGAAGGAACGAAAAGCCCGUUCAUGCCAAAGCCAUUUUGUAUAUAUACCGGUCAUACCUCGGAUUUGCUCGAUGUUUCGUGGUCGAAGAAUUAUUUCGUUUUGUCCUCCUCGAUGGAUAAAACCGUACGAUUGUGGCAUAUAUCGCGCAAGGAGUGCUUAUGUUGCUUUCAACAUAUCGACUUCGUCACUGCUAUAGUAUUUCAUCCGCGGGACGACCGGUAUUUUCUCUCAGGAUCGCUGGACGGUAAAUUGCGCCUGUGGAAUAUUCCGGACAAGAAAGUUGCUGUGUGGAACGAAGUGGAUGGGCAGACCAAGCUGAUCACCGCGGCAAACUUCUGUCAAAAUGGAAAAUUUGCAGUUGUAGGAUCGUACGACGGCAGAUGCAUAUUUUACAACACCGAUCAAUUGAAAUAUCAUACGCAGAUACACGUUAGAUCGACAAGAGGGAAAAACUCGACCGGCCGUAAAAUUAGUGGAAUUGAACCUAUGCCGGGAGAAGACAAAAUUCUAGUUACAUCAAACGACAGUCGCAUUCGGUUGUACGAUCUGAGAGAUCUAAAUCUAUCCUGCAAGUACAAGGGCUACGUAAACAUCAGUAGUCAAAUUAAAGCAAGUUUCAGCCCUGACGGACAGUAUAUAGUUAGUGGUUCCGAAAAUCAAUGCAUUUAUAUUUGGAAGACACAUCACGAUUAUUCCAAGUUUUCUAGCGUGCGUAGAGAUCGCAAUGAUUUCUGGGAAGGCAUAAAAGCCCACAAUGCUGUAGUAACGUGUGCCGUAUUCGCACCAAAUCCAGAUAGUAUUAUUAAACAAAUCGAAGCGAGGGAACAGUGGGAGAACAAAGAGGAGCCGAGGGAUGUGGACAGUGUGGGUGUUCCUGUUGAUCCUGUUGUUGAGCAACGCACUAAAGGUUGUGGAGGCCAUGUUCUUGUAAGCGCCGAUUUCAAUGGGUGUAUAAAAGUUUUUUUAAACAAAACAAAACCUAAACAUAGUUCCCUACCAGCAUCUGCACUCGCGUAAUAACAAAAAAUAAUAUAUAAAUUACAUAUAAAUUUAUAUAUAUACACUAUAGAUAAUGGAAAUAACAAAAAAUAUACCGCAAAGUUUCACUAAACGCUCACUUUGAUUAAGAAAUAUUGAAAACAAAAGAAAGCAACUAAUUUUUUAACGGUAUAUAUUCUUUAUAUUACAUUUAUAUGUAAGA